ACGCAUCAUAUUAGAUGGUUUUCUUAUGAAAACGGUAAGUCAUCAUUACUCAUUAGCCUCAUAGGGUUGUUGUUGUUGUUCUAUCGACCACGGCGGCGACGAGGCUGACGCGGCGGCAAAUUCGCGGCGGAGAAGCCAUAUUUGAAAAAUCUUAGCAUUCACUUUUGAAAACUAAGUUUCGGUGAUGGCCUCAAUCUCGACUUGGUUCAGAUACAUGGCUCACAAGCUUGAGUAUUCCCUCACCCUCAGUCUCAAGAGUCAUAGGAGAGAAAAACUGAGUGACCGAGAACUCAUUCAAAUAAUCUUCAAGAAUCUAUUCCAUGGAAAAAUAACCUACUUACACUCGGAUAAAGGACGAGAAAUGUCCCCAACCAUGGGAGCACACGAAAACACACUUCUUAUCCGUAAGAUACCUAUCGCUAAUACGAGGUAUCUAUUCAUUGGAGAUGCUGUAGUCUUAAAGGACCCGAACAAUUCAGAUAAGUAUCUGGUACGAAGAUUAGCAGCUGUAGAAGGAUUCGAAAUGGUAUCGGGUAAUGAAAAAGAGGAGCCUUUUGUUCUCGAAAAGGAUCAGUGUUGGGUAAUAGCCGAAAACCAGGAGCUCAAAGCUAAGGAAGCAUAUGAUAGUCGAACAUUUGGUCCAGUUUCAACAGCAGACAUUGUUGGAAGAGCUAUAUAUUGUCUGAGAACAGCCGUCGAUCAUGGUCCUGUUCGAAACAGUCACACCGCAAUGGGACAAGAUUCUCCAAUCCUGGCAGUAGAAUUGGACGUGGACGAGAUGGCUAAAAAUCACAAGGCACAAUAAAGAGACACUAUUCUGUGUUGUCUGUGUCAAAGCGAAAUCCCGUUAUUUGAUUGAGAUAUGAGAAAACAAAUAAAUCAUACAAUGAUGAAAAAUCCAAAAUUUACUUUCCGAAUAUAUCUGAGUUUUGUUUGUAGCCUGAAAUAUAUAUUCGCUGCAAGUGCAUGCUCUUUAAGCAGGCUGUGUAGCUUGUCGUUCUCUUCCUUGUAGAUUAAAACUGAUUUCUCCGUUGUUUAAGUUAUUAUUGGGAAUAAAAAGACGUUUUCUUU